AACUAAAUUGUAAAAGUUUGUUUUUCCAAUGGUUAUUCAAUUUGAACUUUGAGCCUUAUCCGCACAGCCAUUAUUGCUAUGAUAAUUUUUUGUUAAUUUAAUUUUUAUUGAAUAUUGCAUUGAAAAUUGAUGUUGAUAUUAAUGACACGAAUACUUCGAAGAUAUAAGAGCUUUUAUGGACUCGUGGUAGGGUUAACUUUAUUGCUAUUUAUGGUAAUAAGUUUAACUUCAUAUAGUAUAGAACAUAAGCAUAAUAAGAAAAAAGUUAAUGUUAAACAAUUAAUAAGUUAUUUAUAUGAUAAGUCACAAGUUCAAAGUUUAGGAACAUCGAAUUAUUGGAAAUAUCAUACUAGUGAUCAAGAUAUUAAUCCUGUUCGUCGACUAAUUUUACCACAAGGGGUUGAAAUUGAAAAUCCUGAAUCUUAUGUAUUAAGUAAGAAAGAUAUUUUCCAUUAUGGAUCUCGAAGUCAAUUACCUUCUGUAUUAGUUGGAAAUCCUCAAGAUCCAACUGUAUUUGCUAUGCAAUCAGAAUAUACUCCAUUUAAUAUAACAAUAUUCUCAAGUAAUAAGAACAUUGGACUUGAUUUAACUAAAUGUAAUACUAUACAAUCCACUAAUCAAAUAGAGAUGGAUAAUCCUAUUCAUAUUGAUAUUAAUAUAAGGAAAAUAAUGGAACAAUUUCUAGUUGAAUUACCUAACAAUCAAUAUUAUCAAGAAAUAUCACCAUUUUUCUUAACAGAAUUAAAAUUACAAUUAAAACAUGAUAUAGUAGAUCAUUACUGGUAUAGAUUAGCAGGAUCAUCUGUAUGGUUGGAACAAUAUGGAGUACAUUUUAUGAUUUCAAGAAUUCUUUUCAGUCCUAAAGGUCGAAGAAAUCAACCAUCAGUUUCAUUAAUGUAUGCACAAAUCUUUGAUGAAAAUUGGUUGGAAUUAACCAAUACAGAAUUAACUAUACCAUCUAAUGAUCAAAAAUUUAAACUAAUGAAAUUCCCUCAAUUCUUACCAAUCCCAUUUUAUCAUGAUUAUGAUAAUAUCGUCGGGAAAUAUUAUGGUCCAGAGGAUCCUAGACUCAUAUUAAUUAAAAAUAAAUAUGGUUAUCAAGAACCACUAAUAGUAUUCAAUGCAUAUCAUCGUAAAUUAACUGCUUUUGAUGAUGAUAUGGAUGAAUAUAUGGUUCAAAAACUGCAAAAUUUCCGAUCAAUGUUCAUUUGUUGGCCAUGGCAAUCACAAAUAGGGAAAACUAAUAUGGAUUCAAUUGAUAAAGAUUUCCUUCAACAUCUGUAUAGUAAAGUACUUGAAUUAAAAAUUAAAAAUCUCCCUCGUCAACAGAAACAAAAGAAUUGGACACCUUUCAGAUCUUAUACAUCAAUCACAAAGGAAGAUGGAGCAUAUGAUGAUUAUCUUUAUUUCAUUUAUAGAUGGGCAAAUUUUGAAACUUUGAAAUGUAAUUUGGAAGAUGGUAUUUGUGGUUUCAAUUAUAGAUUAAAUGAUAAUUUAUCUCCUUCUGCUAGAGUUGGACCCUUAAGAGGUGGAACUCAAUUAAUUAAUUUAAAUGAAUUAAUAACAUCACAAUCUUCAAUUCAUUUAGAUACAAUUUUACCACCAUCUCGUCAAAUAUGGGUAGGAUUUGCUCGUGCACAUAUUGAUGAUUGUGGUUGUGGAGCAAAUAUGUAUAGACCUAAUAUGGUUAUUUUGGUUAAGGAUAAAAUUAAAGUUACUGAACCAAGAUUGUUUGGAAUAAGUAAUAUAAAGGAAGAAUAUUUUUAUGAGGAAGUUUAUAGAUUAAGUCAUGUAUCAUCUUCCAUUUCAUUCAAUAUACCAUUAAUUGGAUGGGAUUUAUUCAAACCUCGAAUCAUGUGUGAAGGAAGUAGUGUUCUCAUACCCAAUGGAAUUUCAGGAUGGACAAUCAAAACAAUUGAACAUGAAGAUGAUGCCAGUAAAUGGAAAUUUGAUGAUUAUUUAACAUUAUCAUUAUCUGUUAGUGAUUAUACUGUUCAUACCAUUAAUAUUAAAGGGUUAUUAAGAGAAAUAUUGCAAUUGGAUACUUUAUUUUUAUCUCCCAAAAUUGAUCAAUCUUCUAUCGAACAUGAAUUACGUAUACCAAACUCAAUAUCUGAUGCUAAUGAAGAAAUGGGUUUUAAUAAUGAUAAUGUUGUUUGUGCAUUACAUAGUUCAGUUAAAUUUUGUUCUGAUUAUGCUAUAGAGCAGGAAAAGAUUAUGCGAAAAUAUUAUAGAUUAAACACUGGCAGUAGAUUUUAUGACACCUUUAUAACAGAUGAUGAUGGUGAUUCAAGCAAUGAAAUUGAUAAGUAUAAGGAAGAAGUUGAUCUUUUGAAGGGUCCAGUAGGAGUUGGUAGACCUCCAUUAGAUGUAGGUCUUAAUAACGUAUCACCUCGUCCUCCCGUACGUUCACAAAGACCAGGAGCUUCUCAACAAUUACCACCUGGUCAAAAUCGAGUUGGAAAUGGAGAUAUAAAUUCCAGAAAACCACCACUUUCAUCGUCUCCAAAUCCAGAUCAGAGUCCUGAGAAUCCUGGUGGAUCAAGGUCUCCUUCGCUACCUCCUUUACAAAACCUUCCACCAGUCAAUAAUAGAAAUCAAGGUGAACAACGACUUCCAUCUUCUUCUAAAGGAGCUUCAUCAAAUUCAAAUAAUAAGAACCAACCUGACCAACCUAUUCCUUUAUCAUCGCAUGGAGGACCAUUGAAUGGUAAUUCCAGGAAGCAGGGAGAAGACGAGGCAUCAGACUUAAAAACUCCAACUAACCCAGCCGCUCAAGCAGCUAUGGAAGCCAACAAAGCUGGUAUUAUUAAUAGAAAAUCAAAAGAUUUACCAAAUGUUAACAAAGGAACUUAAUAGAAAGAUAAAUCUUAUUUGACGAUAUUUAUUUUUUCAUUUUUUAUAGAAUAUAGCUAUUUGGACUAACAUCUGUGUAGUUAAUAUAAAAUUGUGUGUGAUUAACACUUUGAAUUGGGUAAUUUGCAGCAAAAAGAAACAUAAAAAAUUAAUUUUUCAUUACUCCGAUACCGGGAAUCGAACCCGGAUCACAGCAUGGAGAGUGCCGUGUGAUAGCCA